CCCGAGCGAAAGCCGGGGGCUCGUGCUGGCUCCGGGGACAAGGUGCGGAGCGCGGCCGGGACCCGCGCUGGCGCCCGAGCGCACGGACUGGGCGCAGCCCGGGAGCUGGGAGCCUUUGGCGGCCGCUUCUUGGAGUCCGCGGUUCGCCGCCGCCUCCGGGUGAGGACGGUGUCCUGGCCCCGAGUCUAUCGAGGAAAAUGAAGUUAAGCCGGCAGUUCACCGUGUUUGGCAGCGCGAUCUUCUGCGUGGUGAUCUUCUCCCUCUACCUGAUGCUGGACAGGGGUCACUUAGACUACCCUCGGAGCCCGCGCCGCGAGGGCUCCUUCCCACAGGGCCAGCUUUCGAUGUUGCAAGAAAAAAUAGACCAUUUGGAACGUUUGCUAGCUGAGAAUAAUGAGAUCAUUUCAAAUAUUAGAGAUUCAGUCAUCAAUUUGAGUGAAUCUGUGGAGGAUGGUCCCAAAAGUUCACAAGGCAAUUUCAGCCAUGGUGCUGGUUCACGUCUCACCUCAUCACAGUUAUUUUUUAAGGUCGACCCUAAUGAUUGUCUCUUUGCUUCGCAAAAAGGAAGUCAUCACCCUGAUGUACAGAUGAUGGAUGUUUACAGCCUAAUUCCCUUUGAUAAUCCAGAUGGGGGCGUGUGGAAGCAAGGAUUUGACAUUAAGUAUGAAGCUGAUGAAUGGGACACUGAGCCCCUUCAAGUCUUUGUGGUGCCUCAUUCUCAUAAUGACCCAGGUUGGUUGAAGACUUUCAAUGACUACUUUAGAGACAAGACUCAGUAUAUUUUUAAUAACAUGGUCCUAAAGCUGAAAGAAGAUUCAAGCAGGAAAUUUAUGUGGUCUGAAAUCUCUUAUCUUUCAAAAUGGUGGGAUAUUAUAGAUAUUCCGAAGAAGGAAGCUGUUAAAAGUUUACUUCAAAAUGGUCAGCUUGAAAUUGUGACAGGCGGCUGGGUUAUGCCUGAUGAAGCGACUCCACAUUAUUUUGCCUUAAUUGACCAACUAAUUGAAGGACAUCAGUGGCUGGAAAAAAACUUAGGAGUGAAACCUCGGUCUGGGUGGUCCAUUGACCCCUUUGGACAUUCACCAACAAUGGCUUACCUUCUCAAUCGUGCUGGGUUUUCACACAUGCUUAUCCAGAGAGUUCAUUAUGCUGUUAAAAAACACUUUGCAUUCCAUAAAACAUUGGAGUUUUUUUGGAGACAGAAUUGGGAUCUGGGUUCUGUCACAGACAUUUUUUGCCACAUGAUGCCCUUCUACAGCUAUGACAUCCCCCACACCUGUGGACCUGAUCCUAAAAUAUGCUGCCAGUUUGAUUUUAAACGGCUUCCUGGAGGCAGAUACGGUUGUCCUUGGGGAGUCCCCCCAGAAGCAAUAUCUUCUGACAAUGUCCAGAGCAGGGCUCGGAUGCUGCUAGAUCAGUACCGAAAGAAGUCAAAACUUUUCCGCACCAAAGUUCUUUUGGCCCCACUGGGAGAUGAUUUUCGCUAUAGUGAAUACACAGAAUGGGAUCUUCAGUUCAGGAAUUAUGAACAGCUUUUCAAUUAUAUGAAUUCGCAUCCUCAGUUUAAAGUAAAGAUACAGUUUGGAACGUUAUCAGACUAUUUUGAUGCACUGGAUAAAGCAGCUGCAACUGAGAGAAAGAAAGAUCCAUCCAUGUUCCCUGUUCUAAGUGGAGACUUCUUCACAUAUGCCGACAGAGAUGAUCAUUACUGGAGUGGCUACUUUACAUCUAGACCCUUUUACAAACGAAUGGACAGAAUUAUGGAAUCCCACUUAAGGACUGCUGAAAUCCUUUACUAUAUUGCCCUGAAGCAAGCUCAGAAAUACAAGAUAAAUAAGUUCCUAUCAUCCACAUACUACACGUCACUAACAGAAGCCAGAAGGAAUCUGGGACUGUUUCAGCAUCAUGAUGCAAUCACUGGGACUGCAAAAGAUUGGGUAGUUGUGGAUUAUGGUACCAGGCUUUUUCAAUCUUUAAUUGCUUUGGAGAAGAUAAUUGGAGACUCUGCAUUUCUUCUUCUUUUGAAGGACAAAAACAUGUACAAGUCUUACUCUUCUGAUACAGUCCUAGAAAUGGAUUCACAGCAAAAGUCACAAGAUUCCCUGCCAGCAAAAAAUAUUAUAGAGCUGAGUACAAGUGAACCCAGGUACCUUGUGGUCUACAAUCCUUUAGAGCAAGAGCGGAAGUCAGUGGUUUCUGUCUAUGUGAAUUCUCCCACUGUACAAGUGCUGUCUUACUCAGGACAGCCUAUAGAGGCUCAAGUCAGUGCUGUUUGGAAUGAUGCACACACUAUCUCACAAACAGCCUACAAGAUUUCUUUUCUAGCACAUACCCCACCACUGGGACUGAAAGUAUAUAAGAUUUUACAAUCUAAAAGUACAAAUUCACAUUUGGCCGAUUAUGUCAUGUAUAAUGCUGAUGUAAAAGGAAAUGGAAUUUUCAACCUAAAGAAUAUGGCAAAUGCUAUGGAUUCUAUCAGUCUAGAGAAUUUCUUCAUUGCACUCUGGUUUGAUGGAUAUGGGCUGAUGAAGAGAAUGAGAACCAAAGAUGAUGGGAAAGACCAUGAAAUAAGAGUGCAAUUUUUCUGGUAUGGAACCACAAAUAAAAGAGACAAAAGUGGUGCCUACCUCUUCCUGCCUGAUGGUAAGGCCCAGCCGUAUGUUUCCCUACACCCACCCUUGGUCAGAGUAACAUAUGGAAUGAUCUACUCGGAGCUGACUUGCUAUUUUGACCAUGUUGCUCAUACAGUUCGACUCUACAAUGUACAGGGAAUAGAAGGACAGUCUGUGGAAGUUUCCAAUAUUGUAGACAUCCGAGAUGUACAUAACCGUGAGAUUGUGAUGAGAAUUUCUUCUAAAAUAAACAACCAAAACAGAUUUUAUACUGACCUAAAUGGAUACCAGAUUCAACCUAGAAGGACCAUGGACAAAUUGCCUCUUCAAGCAAAUGUUUAUCCUAUGACCACAAUGGCAUACAUCCAGGAUGCUGACCAUCGAUUGACACUGCUCUCUGCUCAGUCCUUGGGAGUUUCGAGUAUGUCUUCUGGUCAAAUUGAAGUCUUCAUGGAUCGAAGACUCAUGCAAGAUGAUAACCGUGGCCUUGGGCAAGGUGUCCAUGAUAACAAGAUUACAGCCAACUUAUUUCGAAUACUACUGGAAAAAAGAAGUGUUGUGAAUAUGGAAGAAGAAAAAAUCCCAGUCAGCUAUCCUUCCCUCUUCAGCCACAUAACUUCCUCAUUCCUGAACCAUCCAGUCUUUCCAAUGGUAGUAAAAGAGAAGUUCUCUUCACCCACCUUUGAGCUGCUGAGUGAAUUCCGUCUAUUGGUAUCAUCGUUGCCUUGUGACAUCCACCUGGUUAAUCUGCGGACAAUACAGUCAAAGGUAGGCAGUGGGUACUCUGAUGAAGCAGCCUUGAUCCUCCACAGGAAAGGCUUUGAUUGCCGGUUCGUCACCAGAGGCACAGGGCUGGUUUGUCCUACUACUCAGGGAAAGGUGUUGGUACAGAAACUUUUUAACAAGAUUACUGUUGAAAGUCUGAUUCCUUCAUCAUUAUCCUUGAUGUAUUCACCUCCAGAAGCCCAAAAUAUAAGUGAGAUCAACUUGAAUCCCAUGGAAAUCAGCACAUUCCGAAUUCGGUUGAGGUGAACCUGAAUUUUGAAUUUGAAUCAACAAGCAUUGGCUUUUUAUACCUUUCUUGAUUUGAUGUGCAAUAAAGAAGCACAUUAUUAUAGCUUCUGGUUACUGUGAGAACAAGAAUUCUGUGAUUUUUUUUUUUAAUCCAAUGCCGUAAGAAAAGAAAAAAAGCCAUGCUCUUUACCAGGUUGCUUUUUCUUUUCUUUCUUUUUUUUUAUUUUCAGAGUCCAUCCCAAGAACUACCACUAUAGAUAGGAACUAGUGCAGCGAGUGAAGAAACGUUCAAAGACAACCUCAUAACGGACUGUAUCUCAGGUUAAAUGCUAACUCAUUCUGUUUGCGUUAGAGGUUGUAAAGAGAUCCUUCUAAGCAUUUGUUAGUUUUAUAAAAAUUACUCAUUUGACCAAAAUAGAAUAAAAGGUUGGUGGGUAAUUGCUAGUGGCCAAAAGGGUUGCAAUCAUUGAUGCAAGUCAGAAAAAUCUCAAGUGUUGAAAUGGACGGAAAAGUGCAAUCCCUACCUUUCUGAUGAACAUAGUUGAUUUUCAUUCCUCUUUCUACUGAACAUCUUGACCUUCCUUUGCUUACCCUUUGUAUUUCCAAGAUAACUAAUUUUGAACCAUUCAACUUAAAUGUUAGGAAAAAAAAAAGAAGAAGAAAAAGAAGCGUAUUUUUCAUUACUUGACAAUGUGGGAUAGGUGCAAUUUAUUCCAUUGUCACGAAAAUAGAAGAAGCAAUUCCAUAGGUACCCUACUCCUAUUUUAGGUACCACAAGGUGUCUUUUUACACAGCUAAUUUGAAUACAGGUGUUCUGAGAUGGGGUUUUCUAUUUUAAAAUUAUCAUAUCAAAAUAAAUGUGCCUUAUUUUUUUAUAAGUCUUGUUAAAUCUUUUGGUGUCCAUAUUACUGUUUGGGAAAGUGGGAGGACUUGGGGAGGUUAGGGCUGGGGAAUGGGUACUUUCUAUGACACAUACAUUUAGGUAAUACUUGCCUGACAAUGCUGGCCACAUUCUGAUCUGUUUCAUUAAAUUUGUGGUCGUAUUACUCUAAACAUUUUGACUAUUUGAAUGUACUGAGAUGUCAGAAAACAAAACAAGGAAGAAAAAUAUUGUUUAAUUAAAAUAUGCUGCUGCCAGGGAAACUGCAACUUGAAACAAGGAUUUUGUCACAGGCAAAAUCCGGAUACUGUUUCCAUUUCACAGUAGUUAACCAUACUGAAGAGAUAAUGCUUUAAAAUAGACUCCGUUUUGAAUUCCAUGUUCAUGUAGUGCAUCCUAAUGUAUCUUAUAAAGGAUAUGUUUGUUCAGUCUGUUCUGAACUUUUGUAUGUGGUAACCUCAAGGUGUAGGUCUCAGCCCAUGUGCCAUUACAGUACUUUUAAUAAAUUUUGUGUCACAUUAUUGUUUCCUUGAUUUUAAAAUCACAGCAACAUUAGCGACCUUUAGAAUAUUCAGUUGUAGCAUAGAAACCAUUCUUUGGAUCUGUACAGUUUUGAAAAAUCCUUGGUUGGGUGUAAUAGAUUUAGUAUUAUCUGACUUUAAGCUACUGUUUACCUCUCGUCCUUCCAAUGUCUUUAUAGAGAAAUUUAACCCAUUAUUGUUUUACUAUGUAGUGUGAUUAUCAUCUGGAUUUUUUGCUCAAGAUGCAGCUCCUACAAUUACUGUUAUGUUACAUUCAUAAACUCCUUUGCCUUUAAUAAUUAAGGAAACAAUAGCAGUGCUGAUAAAGAUAUUACAUGGGGAUAAUUUCAUGCAAUAAACAUGAACUAUAAGUUUCCUCCCUCACUUGGGGGAGGGGAGGGAUACACAACUGAACCAACAACAAUAGCCACUUCCUUCUUGUGGACAUCUACAGGCAUUGGGGUUGCCGGAAGUAAAUCCCAGGAAUAAGAUCAGUGUUCUCAUUGCAUCUAUAAUGUAUUCCUUCCUAUGGGAGCUCACUGUGUUCUGUGGUUAAGUGGAUGUGCUUAAUCACUCUGCAAAUUCUGAUCAGAGGAAACAAAAACCUGAUGCAAUAACUGGUUCUGCCACUUCUGGGUAUUCAAGGUGGCUAUGUCCCUUGUCACUUGAUGUUUCAUGCAGUGUGUGUUGUUACCACCAGCUGUUCAUAGGUGAGGCAGAAAGUCCUUUUAACCAGCAAAUUUCUGCUUUUUAAAGUUCCUUUUAGAAUAUAGCAUUAGGGAAUUGAAGAGAGGCUAUCUUUGCUUUGGGUUAUGAUAAUUUUUUUUAAAUGGCUAAUUUGGUGUCUCUGGCACCACACACUUCAGUUGUGAUCUGUCUUGUAAUUGUUUGGUUAGGUUCUGUUGCAUUUAUUAUCACAGGUGUUCAGCUGACCACACAGUAAGUUCACCACUUUCCGCCUCCUCCUUUUCUGAAAUUUUAAUUUGGGGUUAUAAGUGCAUUGUUUGAGAACUAAUUAUCCUUGUUUCCCUUAAAACAAAAAUGCUGUAAAAUGUGAUGUAAAACAGUUUAUCUUCCCAUGUGUUUACUGUACUUGUGCUAAAAUGUUUUCACAUUUCUUUGUCUGCAAGAACAUGUCUGCUUUCAUUUUGAUUAUUUUGCUCACCUUGGAAUCAACAGGUUUUGAUAUUUUCUCUUGGAAGAUUUUUAUAUCUUUUGGGGAAUAUGUAAUAUAAGAUCUCUAAUAAAAGAUAAUUUUAUCCUGUG